CGCGGGUUCAGGUUCCGGGGCGCCGCCGAGCUCCGGCCUUCUCAGACUCCGGGGCCCCUCGGCCGGCGGCGGCCAGGAUGGAGGAGGCCGGAGCCGUGGUGGCCGCGGCCGGGGAGGCCGAGCUGAACCUGUCCCGCCUCAGCUUGUCCCCCGAGACGCUGGAGAGCGAGCUGGAGGCGCAGGCCCAGGAGCGGCGCGGCGCGCGGGAGGCGCUGCUGCGGCUCCUGCUGCCUCACAGCCGUCUGGCGUCGCUGCCGCGGGCGCUGCGCAGCGGCUUCUCGCACCUGCAGCUGCUGGACGUGAGCGGCAACGCGCUGACGGCGCUCGGGCCGGAGCUGCUCGCGCUGCGCAGCCUGCGCACGCUGCUGGCCAAGAACAACCUGCUCGGCGGGCCCGGCGCGCUGCCCAAGGGCCUGGCCCAGUCGCCGCUCUGUCGCAGCCUCCAGGUGCUCAACCUCAGCGGCAACUGCUUCCAGGAGGUGCCCGCCUCGCUGCUGGAGCUGCGCGCGCUGCACACCCUCAGCCUGGGCGGCAAUCGCCUGCAGAGCAUCCCCGCCGAGAUCGAGAACCUGCAGAGUUUAGAGUGUUUAUAUCUUGGAGGAAAUUUCAUCAAAGAAAUCCCACCAGAAUUAGGAAAUCUGCCUUCUCUAAAUUACUUGGUAUUAUGCGACAACAAAAUCCAGAGCGUGCCUCCUCAGCUUUCACAGUUGCAUUCACUUCGUUCCCUGAGUCUUCACAAUAACUUGCUGACAUACCUACCUCGCGAGAUCCUCAACCUUAUUCAGUUGCAAGAGUUGAGUUUGCGAGGAAAUCCGUUGGUUGUUCGUUUUGUUAGAGAUUUAACCUAUGACCCUCCAACUCUCCUGGAACUAGCUGCACGGACUAUUAAAACCCGAAACAUUUCCUACACUCCCUAUGAUCUCCCUGAGAAUCUUCUCAGAUACUUAGGUUUAGCCAGCAACUGCCCAAACCCAAAGUGUGGAGGAGUCUACUUUGACUGCUGUGUCAGGCAAAUUAAAUUUGUGGACUUCUGUGGGAAGUACCGCCUUCCACUGAUGCAUUACUUGUGUUCCCCAGAGUGCUCUUCCCCUUGCAGUUCGGCCUCUCACAGCUCCACGUCCCAGAGCGAAUCUGACUCGGAAGAUGAAGCUGGUGUUGCUGCACACAGGAUGCAGAAAGUUCUUCUUGGUUGAAAAGAAUGCAGUGUGGUGUGAAACACGGAAAGACUGAGCAAAGGUGGCUAGAAAGGCGAGUUGGAAGUUCACUAGACCCUCACCUCGUUUCCAUCUUGAAUGUCUAUGUGUGUAUUGGAGAUGAUGUAAAAGAUGUUGUGUUUCAUCUACUUCAGCAGGAACAAGUCCAGUAACAUGUUUGAAUUCUUUGAAUAUGAUUUACUCUGAACGGCAGUUUCAAAUUUAGUUGAUCGUUUGCAAUUUUCACUCAAAUUUUGUGUGAGUCACACAGCAGAAUGAUACGUUCUGACAGGCAGUACUAUAAUAAACCAAGACUUGUGGCAGUAGAGAUGAAGAAAGUAUCAGAACUAUAAUUCUUACCAGAGUUGGCCUUGGGUUUAGAUUGAACAUUGUGCCAUAAAGAGGAUUGGACCUUCCUUCUUACGCUGCCCAUGUCUGAAUUUCAGUACCAGUCAGAUAAACUCAGAGAUGGUUGCAUAGGACCUACACUUCCCUGACCUACUAAUGCUGGUCAAGUAAGGGAUGUAACUUUUGUGUGGGAUAUUAAAACUCUUCACUCUGCUCCUCUGUUCUACAUGGUGGCUGUUAGUCUAACCAGCAGCCGCUGUUAGUGUAGUGCCUUAAUCCUAGUAAGGAUAUAGCCUUACUCAAGAUAUAAUGCUAGAGCUUCUUAUAACCUGACAUAUUACACAAAACACUAUAAAUAUGCUUUAUCAGAACUAGGUAAACAACUUUAUAUCUGACAUUUGAGCUCAUGGCACCUUAGCUUCAUUUUUUUGUUUAAACACAAAGUGAAGCCCCCUGCAAGCAAAUCACUUUGACACUUAAUGGGAGGCCACAGUCUUCAUCAAUCUGUUCAUUAGAAGACAGAUACCAGUUUUCAGCAGAAAAGAUGUACGCUAUGAAAGCUCUUGUAUAUCUUGUAUUUAAUGAGAAAAAAUGAAUUUAAAAUUUUUUAAUAGCUAUGACUCUUGCCUAUGUCUAUGUACUGUACUGUAGCUUUCUAACACAACUAUUUGUUCAGUUGUAACUAAACUAAUACAGCUAGCCAAAUAAAAUUGGGGGCAGGAGUCAGCUUGUUUAUACACAGUAGAACAGAGCUUCGAAAGCUGCUUUGACAAUGGAAUACUUACUGAAAAUAAUGUAUUGAUGAAAUUUAAAAAAUUCGUUAAAAUACUGUAUCCUUAAAGUAUAACUGAAAAAUAAUUUUAGAGAUUGCUAUGAGAAAUGAACAAAAAAGAAAAAGAAAUGACCAAAUUUUUAUUAAUCUGUUUAAUAUGCAUUAAAAAUUGCAUAAUAAUAUAAGUUGGUAUAAAAUAGCCCGUACAAACUAGCACUCAUGAGAUAAUCAGCAUAUAAUAACGUGACGGUUUGUUGGUAAAUGUUACUUCUACCGUAACGCACAGGCCAGACGUGCAUUAGUGCAUUGCGGGUGUUCAUGACUGGGGUGCACCAUUUAUAUUGCCUCUGUGUCUGGAUCACAUAUGUCAGAUUGUUGUACAGUAAUGAUACAUACUUGCCUGAAGUAUUUUCAUAUGUAUAUAUAAUUUUUUAUUUUAGAAGAAAAUACAGAGUAGAAUAGUUAGGUGUUUGUUUAUUUUUAUGUUAAUUCAUGAAACAUCACAAGAGUUUCAUGAACUGCAGUUGUGAAACGCUGCUAUAGAGUGGGUCCUUUCACUUUGUUACAUAAUAUAGUAAGAUUCUUUAUUCCUUUGAUUGAGCAAUUUUCUCUGUCUGUAGAAGUAAUGCAGUAUGUUUCUAAUGCCUAGUGCGUGAGUGAUUACAUCAUAAAAUAGAAGUGAUAAAAAGCAAGUCUACGUUGUUUACUUCCCCAUUCAAGCCAUAGCAAGCUGCAAACCACGAAAUUUCAGGAGGGAGAGAUGAUGUAGGCAUUGCUUAAAUGACAGCCCCAAAAUGUUUUGGAAGUAGGUGACUUAGUUAAGAUGCAUAAAAUAUUUUCAUAGAAAAUAAAUAUUGUGUUCAUAGUAAAAUACUCAAAUUGAUGUGACCAAGUUUUUCUAAUUUAAAUGCCUCUGCUUGCUUCCCAUUUGGCUGCCAGCUUGACCUAAGUGGUAUCUUGGGUAAUCUUCUAAGAGUUAGUCUUUGGGUUAAGUAUGUAAACGUAGUACUUAACCUUACGUGACCCUUUCAGCUUCCUUGAAAGAAGGUGUACAAUUGAACUUCUAUAGACAUAGAUGAGUUCAACCAGAAAGAGUUUUUAGCCUUUGCUGUACGGUGUAGAGCCCUCAUGGUAGAGUGGUUAAGCACUUGGCUCCUAACCAAAAGCUUGGCAGUUCAAAUCCACCUCCCAUUCUUUGGAAACCUUAUGGGGGCAGUUCUCCUCUCUCCUAUAGGGUCACCAUGAGUCAGCAUCGACUCGAUGGCAACAGUUUUGUUUUUUUGGUUUUUAUACAAUGCAGAUUUAUACCAUAGUGUUUUUCAACAAAAUGUAUGGUUCUCUGUAUGUACAGUUUAAAAUCUACCAUCUGUGUGUAGCCAUCUUCGGUGAAUUUUAAUGAGAUCUACAUUUAAGUGUUUUAUUAUUUUUGUAAAUUGUUGACCUAACCUUUUAUAAGAGCUGCUGAUAAUUUCUAAGAUUUUCCCUGUUUUUUUUUUCCCUUGACUUCCCUGUUUUCAUAACUGGUUAUCAUAGAAAUUAACCAGAAGGUGAGACAUAAGGGACCUGAUAAUAUGGAAACCAGAUAAUCGGCUCCUAAGCCAUAGACUGUAUCUUUAAAAUGACAGCCUAUCUCUUUAGUUGCUAAGUCACGUUUGUGUCUAAACUAUAGGUAACAAAGUAACUUUUUUUUUAGUGAUUUCCAAAACUGCAAAGCCUGAUUUUCAUAAUGAAAUAAGGUGUUAAUAAUGCUCGACUUGAAUGAUUUUAGUGACCAAAACUUCUGUGGACCAAAGCAUUAAUAUUUUUAGAAUUAGAUUUUUCAGUACUAAUAUUUGGAAUGGGGAUGGGUAGAGUACACAUUCUUAAAGCCUUUAUUUCCAGAAUCCAUUUCUCUCAGUGUCAUCAAACUGUGUUGGUGAAAUCGUUGUAGGAUUUUAGGAAAUAAGAUGAGCUAAUACAAUAUUUUGCUUCCACGGUGCCAGGGACUGGCUGACCUUAGGGCAGGCUCGUCAGGACUCUCAGUAUUACUUGUGUUUGAGUUGUGGAGGUAGAUCUGAGGGUGAUCAUUCAUAUUUUACUUCUAAAUACAUGCCCGAGGUGUCUCCUGUUCUAAGAUUCCUGGUAUUUGGAACUUUAAGUUUGCCAAAUUUAAAUGGAUUUGCAUUGUAAACUGUAUUUCAAGAUAAAGAAAAUUUUGUGUUUAUGUAAUUAAAACUAAAGGCAGUCCAUACUAAGGCAGGGUGACACUGCAGACCAGUUCUCCCAGACGUCAUAAAUAUCAGGGUUAAACAACAGGAGAAAAGGCAGAGGCGCAUCGCUGGAGUAUUAAAUGAAAGAGGUCUUUAAAGGCCAUGAAGGCUGGGGAAGGGGAGUUAGCAGGCUCCCAGGGAGAGCCCAGAGCCAGGAAAGCCCACUAAAGUCAUAGUGAAAUUGUUUAGAAAGUUUUUUAGUGGCCCGCUGAAAGCCUCUGUCACCACAUUUGUUCGCUGUCUGUUGGGAGAUUGCUCACAUCCCUCCAUAAUGAAAAGUCAGCAAGUAGUCAGACCUUCUUAUUGGCCGGCCUUGAUCUUCCCAAAGGGAAAAAGUAAUACCUCAUUAAUCUAGUAUCUGUGGUACAGCAGGUACACUUAGGUUAAUGUUUACUUUUUCACUGUGUAAAAAAAAACACUAAGCAAAUAAUUACUACAAAUAAAGCUUGACCUUUUAAAACAUUUUUAGCAAUAGCUUUAUAUAAGAAGCUAAUGGUUGUUACUCCUUAAUCUUCAUAAGACCUUUUACAGGCAAAAUUGUAUCAGUUGCAAUAUGUGUAUGUAAAUUAUCUAUGCUGCAUUUAUUUAGAAAUACCUAAUUUUUAACUAACCCCCUUUCCUCUCAUUCAAAGUCAAGAUUUUAUUAUGUAUUAAUAUUACUGUCCAGUUAGUCCAAAAUAGUGAUCUUUUAAGUUAUGCUGGGUAUGUAACAGUAAACACCCACAUACAACACUGUUGUAGAGGUAUUUAAGCACUGUGACCUGUAAUACACAGUUCUCGUUACUCUGUGUAGAACAGAAGUACUUGGCCUUCAUUGUUGCUAUAUUAACUUCUACACCCUGUGUGACAUUGAUGAAUGUGAAAGCAUCCACUUCUGUAUUUUCAUUAUAGUCAUGAUCUCUUUAAUGGUAGCAGUGCCUUCAUUUGUGAUCAGAACAUCUGUGCCUUACGCUUGGGGACUAGAAGUUGUUUGCGAUAGAUCCUUCACAUUUGACUUGAGGGAGAAAGACUGAUCCUGGGAGACUCCUUCUCUCAAAAUAGGGCCUAAUGCCUGUGAGUCUAGGGCUUCUGGGGAGGGAAACUCAGUCCUGCACACUGUCAUGGAAGGUCACAGCCACAAGGAUUAGGUGUCCCCUGAAAUAAAAUUAACGAAAAGGUAUAUUCUUCUUUUGUAUUUUAUAAAGAAAUGUUAUGUGGGACCACUGAAGAAAUACAGCAGUUCCUAAUCGACUUUGUAUUUAUGACAUCAUAUGGCUGCUGACCAAAACGUUGGCAGUUUGAACCCAACAGCUGCUCUUUGGAAACCCCGUGGGGCAGUUCUGCUCUGUCUUACAGGGUUACUAUGUGUCGGCAUUUACUCGAUGGCAAUGAGUUUGGUUUGUUUUUUUUUUUUAAGAUAUUACCAUGAGGCCUAGCAUUUUUUCCCAUUGGUUUGCUUUGUAAUGCUAGGGUGAAAGGAGGUAUAUUUAAUAUUUUUGCAUGUAAGUAUUCCCCUUCUUUUUUCUCUUUUUGGCCCGUCUUUAUUGAUGUAGAAAAUAACAAUUUACUGUCAGACAUUACACAUUGUUGAAUACUCACAGGGUAAUAGUGAUUUGGGUGCUACUAGACUUUACCUGGCCUUGGUCAGUUUCAGUUAUUGUUGUAAAGGACAGUAUUCAAUCUAGUAAAUAACAACGUAUUAGUGUAAUAAAGAUUGUUCAUAUACAGUCAUACCAGAAAGCCGUGCUGGAGAGACCGUCUGCAUUCACCAGAACUCUCCUUUCUUUGUGAGUAAAUUGGAUAAGACUCUUUUAUUCUAAAUUCCAGUUAGGGGAGGAAACUAUGAAGAGAUUGACAUUGCUGUUGCUGGCACUGCAAAAAACAAAUGACUAAAUUCAUUAAUUUUUCUGUGUACACCAGUGUUUUAAGAGAAUCCUUUUACUAACUGAAACGGUCGACAUUGAUGUAUUAUUGAGAAAGACUGUUAACCUCAACAAUCAGGUAGAGACCUGUGUGCCUGCAACUGAAGUGUGCAUUUCUGAAUCUACUUUGUAUUCAUGGGAAACAAAAACAGUGGGAGAAAUUUUUAGAAUAACUAGUAUUUUAAUUUUUAGAAUGCAUGGGAUUUCAAGGUAUCAACAAAGGAUGCUGAAAAGAUACUUUUACUUUGGUCAGAUUGCUUUUUGUGGUCUGAUUUCUUCAUUUUCUGAAUUUGAAAUCUUGUGAAUUAGGAAUACCUAUUUGUAGACAUACAGAUAUUUAAAACUUAAUGAUAACAAUAAAUGUAAUUCAAUAAACGUAAUUCAGUCACUGAAUUUAAUGCAACAAUUAAAUUUUAUUUCAGGGCAAGAUAUAGUUUAUUGUAUCAAAUUUGCAUAUUAUAAUGGUAGAUGCUCCAAAAAGAAUAAGCUACUUCAAUUGUAUUACCUUUUCCCCCCAGAAUGGACAAAAGAAUGUGAUCCUAUAUUAAAUAGCCCUCUGUGUGAAUUUUGCCUUAUCAAACAUUGUGCCUGACUUUAUUAAAAGUGUUUUGUUGGAAUGUUA